AUGUCCACUUUCACCAAGUUCGCGAUCGUCGGCGCCGGAGGCGUCGGAUCCGGCGUUGUUGAAGGUCUACUCCAGGCCAAGGCCACUGUGACGUUCCUUACUCGCGAUGAUACCAAGGCUGAGCUUCAAACAUUCAAGGAGCGUGGGGUCUCACUUGUGAAAGUGGACUACGAUGACGAAGCAUCACUGAAGGAAGCUCUGAGUGGCAAUGAAGUGGUCGUUUGUGCGAUUCAUGCAUACCACCACUCGACCCAAUUUGCCGUUGCCCGAGCGGCAAAAGCUGCAGGACUGCAACUUUUCGUGCCUACUGAAUUUGGCAUGCCAGACGAAGAUGGACCGAACGCUACGAAGCUGAAAGUUCGUGCUCUACUGAAAGAGCUAGAGCUGCCCUUCGCGCUCUUCCACGGUGGACUGUGGGCCGAGUACAUUCCAUUCUUCCUCGGAUACAACUUUAAGGAAGGCGUCAUGAAUGUAGUUGGUGAGGGUGAUGCGAAGAUGAGUAUCGUGGCUAGAUCGGACUUGAGUCGAUUCAUCGCGCACGUGCUGGUGACAGCGAGUAAGGGCUCAUUACAUUGGUCGCGGUUCUCAGUCGAGAGUGAUCGCAUGUCUCCGAAGGAGAUUGCUGCGCUGGCCGAGAAGAAACUGGGUAAGAAGAUGGAGCUCAAGCUGGUGAGCUAUGAGGAGACCAAGAAGAAAUACGAGACGGACCCUGUGGCGUACAUCCUGAUGCGCAUUGCGGAUGGUCGCUGCGUGUCCGGUACCGUGGAGGAGGCCAACGACACUGUGGCCAAGUACUUCCCGGACUGGAGCCCGACGCCUUACGAGGUGUUCAUUGCGCUCCGUGUCGGAAGCAUUGGGCGAUGGCUGCUCAAACGAUAG